AUGUCUGAAGGAUUCAAGUUAUACCACUAUAACCCAUCUGCCGGAGCAGCGGUGCCUUUUGCAGCCAUUUUUGCCCUCAGUUCCGCUCUACACAUCUGGCAAUUGGCUCGGAAUAGAUCAUGGUACUUUAUACCAUUCGUUCUUGGUGGUCUCUUCGAGGCUCUUGGGUACGUCGCUAGGUACUUAAGUGCCAAACAAACCCCGAAUUGGACAACGAAGCCAUACAUCGCACAGAGCUUGAUGCUUCUACUAGCUCCCGCAUUCUUCGCCGCUUCUAUAUACAUGAUUCUCGGACGUAUCAUUCGUCUGUUGAAUGGAGCCUCCUGCUCACUGGUCCGACCGAGCUGGUUGACCAAGAUUUUCGUGACAGGAGAUGUUCUCUCGUUCUUUAUCCAGAGUGGAGGUGGUGGACUGCUUGCAACAGCAAAAGACAAGUCCAAGGUCAAUCUUGGAAACAACAUGAUCGUGGUCGGACUCUUUGUGCAAAUUGUAUUCUUCGGGUUUUUUAUCGUCGUCUCCCUCGUUUUUCACCGUCGAAUGCUUAAAACACCUAUGCACGCUGUAGGCGAUAGCACGAUCCCGUGGAGUCGUUACAUGAAGAUCCUCUACAUUGCAAGCACUUUGGUCAUGAUCCGAUCUGUUUACCGAGUGGCCGAAUAUGUUCAGGGCACGGAUGGGUAUCUUCAAAGUAAAGAGGUCUUCAUCUACGUGUUUGAUGCGGCUUUGAUGCUUAUUUGCUGCAUGCUGUUCAAUGUGUUCCACCCGAGCAAGCUUCUCUCCGGGAUCCGUAACAAGGGAGAUGCGGCGGAUCUCGAGAUGUUGAAUCAGAGUGGAUAUACUGGGUAUACUCGACAGGGUUAA